AUGUUCCGUCAAGUCAGUCUUGCCUGGCUUCAUGUCCCGGCAGAAACCGAAUUCUCCGGUUGCCUCUGUCUCAGACCCAGCGCGAGCUGGUCCCUGGCAAGCCGCCCCUCGCACGUGAACCUGAGUCGGAAGCAUCUCGACGAAUCUUUGGAUCGCAAGGGAUCGCCGCUGGUUGA